GCAGUGAAAUCCUCUGCAACAACUUCCACAUGAUAAUUUCAUUCUCUUAUAUCUUCAUGUAAAGCCACCAUAAUGGGCAAAUCAAUCAUCCAUGAAAAACUUGAACCUAAAAGAAUAAGUGAAAUGAACCAAACGAUACACAGAGUUUCACCAAUAUCCUUGACCAUGUCAGAGCUGACGACGCUUCUCAGCUCAGGUGGUUCUGUCUUUGAGAUCUUUGCCGGUUUGCUAGUAUUGCAUCUGGUCUACCAAAGAAUUAGAGCAAGCGUCAAAGUUUACUUACUGAUUUCACUUGUUACCGAGCACCUGACUCAAACCGCGUCCCAAUGUCAACUCUUAUCGAAACCAUCUACCUCGAUGACAAGCUUGAUCAAGAGAGUAUUGGACUUCCAAGCCCGGAUUCUUGAGAGAUCUAUGCUUCUUACCAACUGUCUCUUCCGAAUGGGAGCAGCUGCAGUAUUGAUGUCGAGCAAUGAUCAUGACAGAGACAAUGCAAAGUAUGAGCUCUUGCAUGUUGUCAGGAAAAAUAAAGCCAAAGAUGAUCGAGCUUACCGAUGUAUCUAUCAAGACAUAGACUCUGAUGAAAAGCAAGGGGUGUCGAUAACCAAAGAUGUAAUCAGCGUUGCUGGAGAUAUGCUGAAGAUGAAUCUAACUUCUCUGGGACCUUUGGUAUUACCUUACCUAGAGCAAUUCCAAUAUGUGAUACGACAGAUUCUUUGCAAGAAACUAAAGAUCUAUGAGUCGAGUUCUUCUUAUACACCAAACUUCAAGACAGCGUUUGAGCAUUUCUGCAUUCAUACAGGAGGAAGAGCUGUUAUUCAAGCAAUGGAGAUGAACCUGAACUUGACAAAAGUAGACAUCGAGCCAUCAAAGAUGACUCUUCAUAGGUUGGGAAUACUUCUUCGUCAUCCAUUUGGUACGCUCUCUCUUACUUGGAAGCAAAAAGGAGAAUGAAAAAAGGCGAUAGGGUCUUGCAGAUUGCAUUUGGAAGUGGGUUCAAGUGUAACAGUGCGGUGUGGAGAUGCAUCCGAGAAGUGGAGCCCAAUACAGAAACAAAUGGCUCGACUUUAU